CUCGUACUAGCGCUUUGAAUCGUGGGUAAGAAAUGUCUGCGCCCUGUCUGCAACCUGAUGUCCACCUUAUCUAAAUGUGAGGACUGACUUUAUCCCGAGCAUAAACCGGGACUCGCUGGAGAUCAGACCGGGACUCGCUGCAGAUCAGACCGGGACUCGUUGCAGAUCAGUGCACUUCUGUCCUGAAGAUGUCUGAAAACACGCAGAAGGAGAGCGCCUCUGGAAACGCGCUCCCAAGAGCAGCGAUUGUUGAAAUGCUGUCGAAGAAUUUCGAGAGGCUGCCGAGCUUGGAUCAGAAACUCUUCCUCUAUGGACCCGCGUAUCUGGGGGGGAACGCCGGCCUGGCAGGGCUGAUCUCCAACAGUCUGUACCGCAGAGCUCUGAAUGUCACACAGGCGCCCAUCACCUCCAGCAUGCCGAUGGCCGUGCUGCCCUUCAUGACAACAUUUGCUCUGUACAACGCAAUAGUGUCCAACCCCCUCAUGGCCGGUGACCUCAACUGUCCCUCCUGUGCUCUGCUGCGGGGUGCGCUUGUUGGCGUGGUCGGCGGCGGGGUGUAUCCCAUCCUCCUGGCCUUACCUGUGAAUGUCGCCCUCGCGUCCAAAUACAACACAGCGCCGAUGCCAGAGAAGGGAAAUGUGCUCAGGUACUGGCUGGAUCUCACCAGACCGAUCCUGAGGAAGAUGAGGGCUGUGUUGUUGCUCCAGGCCCUCUUCGGCACUUACCUGGGCUCCAGGCACUUUCAAAGCUACAGCCAGCUGGCCGAGAUAACAUUUGGCUCAGGACGGGAGGAACUGAACGACUAAAAAGUUCUGAACUGAACCUUAAAAUAUUUUUUUGUAUUGAUCAAAUUCAGAAUUUUAUGUGGAAUAUGAGUGAGAUUAAAUGAAGUGUGGGCUAAGAUUUAUUGAGUGUCAAAAUUAUUAAAAUAACUGCAUAUUAGGGCACAUUAAAGAUGAUUUAAUUCAUUCAUUGAGGAGAUAUUCUUAUCAAAAUGUGGCACCGUCUUGAUCAGUAUUGUGCUGAGAUGACAGAUUAGUCAUCCACCAGCAAUUUUUAUAAUCUAAUAAUUGAUUUAUAGGUUAAAAAACUCAGUUUCAGUUUCUCUGAUUUGUAAAAUAUGUUGCUUUUCUCCAUUUUAUUACAUUUUGAAUUGAACAUCUUUGGAUUUUGAGCUGUUGGUUGAACAAAGCAGUUUGAAGAGUUCAGCUUGGGCGUAUACACUUUUUUGACAUAUCGAUUGAUAUAUUAACUGGUAAGGAAAAUAAUGUUAAACUGCCCAUUUAAAGGAAGUGUGUGGUUUGGUUUGGUCCUGCAAAACAAACAUUGAGUAAAAAUAUAAGGAAGAUAAAAAAUAAAAUAACGGCUGGCUGUGCAUUAAUGUAAUAAUCCUGUUAUCUUUGAUGACUAGCUUUGCCACGAUUGUUGAUGAAACCAUGUAAUGAAUUCACCUGGAUUUUCACAGCAUUUUUCUAUCUAAUCAAACAUUUGAUAAUGUGCACAUGAA